AUGUGCCAGCUGUGCCUGAACCCCGCGGGCGAGAAGAGCUGCUGCUGCUUCAACUUGUCUCUCGCGCUGCUGCUGAUUGCUGCUUACUAUGGAGUCAUUGGGGGCCUCGACAUCUACCAGGCGAAGCAAACUGAACCCUUUGAAAAACCCCAAUUCGUGGGUGGGGUUGUAAACGCUUCCAUUGGGGGUUACGUUUGCUUAUGCGCUCUUUUAGGGUUUUUGAAACUCGGCCUCGUCGCCUACGUCUUCACCUUCGCGGCCUUCCUCCUCACCCUUCUCAACGGCAUCUUCAAGCUGGCGUGCUUGGUGGCGGAGUGGGUGCGCUGGGGGACAGGAAUGCGGGACGGAACUGUGGAGUUUCAGAAAGUGAUGGUCUUCUCCACAGCUUCGCAGCUGCUCACCAUUCUCCUCACUCUCAGCUUCGCCAACCUCUUCUGGUCUGCUGCUUGUGUCUUCAAAGCUGGCGGCAGCGGCUGCGAGUUCAAGAGCUACAGGCAGCUCGAGGCCGCGAGGCCCAAGCCGGCAGCUGCUGCUGACGACGGCGCCUGA